AUGAUACUAGUUACGAAUAAGACGUCCGGCAAGGUGAUGGUGCUCAAGAUGAACCAGCAACGUGCCAACAGGCCCAACAUGUUACGAGAGGUGCAGCUCAUGAACAAGCUCAAACAUCCAAACAUACUUGGGUUCAUGGGCGUGUGCGUACAUGAAGGGCAGUUACACGCACUCACGGAGUACAUGGAAGGUGGUUCCCUUGAGCAGCUGAUCCUUAGCCGGCCGCCGGAGCCCUUGCCGCAGCCCCUCAGGGUCUCCCUUGCAGCUGACGUAGCAGAAGGCAUGAUGUACCUACACUCCCUCGGUGUCUUCCAUAGGGAUCUUACUACUAAGAAUGUAUUAUUAAGAAAGUAUGGAGAAGGCGACUACAUGGCCGUUGUCGCUGACUUCGGCCUCGCAGCUAAAAUACCUCAUCCUGUGAACGGUUACAGGCUACCAAGCGUGGGGUCUCCAUGGUGGAUGUCCCCGGAAUGUCUUCGCGGACGGUGGUACGACCAUCGCUCAGACAUAUUCUCCUACGGGAUCAUUCUGUGCCAACUUAUCGCCAGGGUGGACGCCGACCCGGACGUGCUCCCCCGCACGGACAACUUCGGCCUCAACUACAUGGCGUUUGUGGAGCUCUGUGACGAGGACACCGUACCCGACUUCCUUAGACUCACCUUCAACUGCUGCAUCUAUGAACCAAAAGCGCGUCCGCUAUUCCCAGAAAUAGUGAGCAAGCUGGCCGAAGUGAAGGAGAGCCUCGAUGACGCUACCUGGGGCUCGCAUAGUACUAACAACCAUCAUGAGAGUGAGGAUGCAGAUUCAUCAGGUCCUCGGUCGUGUCCUGGCUUGUACGCGUGGCGGAGACCGCAGCGGUUCCGCUCCGAGGGCAGCCCGCGACACAACGACCACGACCAACGUCAGUAUACCACUCUGUACUCGGCCGCGCAUACAGCCAGCGCCCACUGUAACCAGUGUCGUAACCAGUCUCUGUCUGUACAGUGCAACACAGGCGCUCGCUGUCCGAACUGGAGUGGGGCGGCGCGGGCUGGCCCGGCCCCGCCGGCCCCGCCACCGCCGCCGCGCACCGCUCCGCCUGGGCGCUGGGGCCCGGCGCGGGGCCCGCGGGGGCCGCCCCGCCCCGCCUGGCGCGCCUGCACCGCCUGGCGCACAUCAUGCUGCUGCGGGGACGCGCACGCCGCGCCCACCGCCGCGCGCCGCCCGCUCGACACCUUCCGCGGCGUCAAGAAGAUCCUCGAGCCGCACCCGGGCUCGGCGUCCUGCGCCUCGCUGGCGUCCCCGCCGCGCGCCGCGUCCCGCGCCCUGGAGGCGGCGGACGACGCGCGCGCCGCCUCGCUGCCGUCCUCGCCCGCGCUGUCGCGCCGCGGCUCCCUCGACGCGCGCGCGCCGCGCUCUCCUGCGCACGAGCUGCGCCGCCGCGCUUCUUGCGAGAGCGGUAUCUUCUCCGUCGCCAAUGAGGAGCUGUGUCCCGCGCGGGCCGGGGCCAAACCCCGCGCCGCCGUCUGUCCUUGCUCUUUGGUGGGCUGCCACCGAUGUUGGUGGUGGCGCCGCGACCCCGACGUGAGCGAGGCGACCCCCGGCCCUGCGCCCACGGGCGAAGCUCGCGCUCGACUCUGUGCCGACUGCCUCUUACAAUACGAUCGCGCAUUAGACGCUCGGCCACCGCGCCGCGCGCCACUGGACGACUCCGCGCUGUCGGCGCCGUCGGGCUCGCUCCGCAGCCUGGACGAGGACGCGGCGACGUUCCUGUGCGGGCGGCGCGACGUGGAGGCGGAGGCGGAGGCGGGCGCGGCCGAGCUGUGCGAGUACCACAUCCUGGCGGCGUGCUGCUGCGCGGCGGGCUGGACGCGGCGCGCGCGCGCCGGGCCCAGCAAGCGCAGCUCCAGCGUGUACACGGACAGCUCGGAGGACGUGGCGUCGCUGGCCGGCUCCGACAGCCUGUACAUGGAGGAGCGCCUGCCGCGCGCGGCCCGCUCGCUGCAGAUCCGGCAGAUGGUGGAGUACUUCGAGCGCGCGGGCGCGGGGCAGCCGUGCGAGCGCCUCCGUCCGACGGCGCGGCUGCGGCUGGCGCCGCGCAAGGCGGCGGCGCGCCUGACGCUGUGCGAGGGCGCGGUGCGCUCGAAGCUCCCGUUGUUCGACAGCCGGUCCUAG